AUGUAUCAUCAUUCAUACGUAAAAAUAAUUGCUCUGCUCCUUCUCCUGGAUUUCACAACUGCAACAUUUUUUCCCAGAGGCAAUGAAACGAGUAAUUCACGCGAGACCAAAAACAAACCCGAUAAUCAUCGAACUCCGUCGUCGUCGUCGUCGUCUUUACGUGAACAACAUGCGGGCGAAAAUUGUUUGCGACCAUGCACAAUCGACAACGCCAAAAUCUGCUAUUUCAAAUUCACACUGGAACACUACCACGUAAUGGGAAGUGCUUGUAGCGGUUGUCGCGUCGGCCAGCAUCUCAAUUGCUCGCAUCCGGCAUGCGUUACGGCAGACGGCAUCGAACGCGGUUUCAUGAGUAUUAAUCGGAGGUAUCCGGGGCCGUCGAUCGAGGUGUGCGAAAAUGACACAAUUGUGGUAGAUGUGGAAAAUUUGAUGGCUGGCACAGCCACAUCGAUGCAUUGGCACGGAAUUUUGCAAGAAGAAACGCAAUUUAUGGAUGGUGUGGCGCAUGUAACGCAAUGUCCCAUUCCGUAUUUCAGCACAUUUCGGUACCAGUUUAAGGCGAGGCAUGCGGGAACGCAUCAUUAUCACAGCCAUGCCGGGCAUCACAAGUCGAAUGGCAUCGCGGGACCUUUAAUCAUCCGAGAGCCACGCUCAAGAGACCCAAAUGGCCCGUUUUAUGACUACGAUUUGAGUGAACAUACGAUUUUCCUGAGCGACUGGAUGCACACGUAUGCCGAAAUGUUCGUGCCUGGACUCCCGAGUACGCUGCUACUGCCAAAAAGUGUGCUAAUUAAUGGGCGUGCGAGAUUUAACAAGGACGAUCCGAACAUCCCCCUUGCUGUGUUCCGCGUGAAAUCAGGUGGGCGAUACAAGUUCCGGUUGAUUAACAGCAACGCGCUUACGUGCCCGCUACAAUUCCAGAUUGAAAAACACCGAAUGUCAAUAAUCGCCAGCGAUGCAAACAAUUUGAAGCCAAUAACGGUCGAUACAUUGAUCACAACUUCCGGAGAGCGAUAUGACUUUAUCUUGGAAGCAAACCAAACAAAAGGAAACUACUGGAUACGUGUCCGUGCAAUUGGUCAAUGUGCUUUAGAUAGUAAUCAAAUUGAGUCAUUUGCUGUGCUCACUUAUUAUACGGGAAGUGAGAUAAAUGAUACGGAGUUGGCGUUCACCACUGCAAUGCAACCAGCAUAUGAGGACAAUUUUCCACCUGGCAUUGUCAUAAAUAAUCCAAAUGGAACAUGCCAGGAGGCAAACGCCGACUCUAUUUGUUUAACAGAUUUAGAAUCGUACACACGAGAUGCGAAUUUGCUAAAUUCUAUUCCUGAUCAUACAUUCCAAUUACGAUUCACUACGCCAAUGAUAAACAAUGAUAUAUUGUUUAAUAAUGACAACAAUAAGCAUUAUUCGUUUUUCAAUGUUUUCGGUCCGAACAAUAAUGUUGGUGUAAUUAACAAUAUCAGUUUCUAUCUUUCGCAAUCAUUAAUUCAGACAAAUGCGAUAAAGGAAGACUUAUUUUGCGAUGAGACAGCAAAAAUGUGCGAAACUACGGAAAUCUGCUUCUGUUUACAUCGCAUUAAGGUCAAGCUGAAUGCCAUUGUGGAAAUUACGUUGAAGGAUAGCUCAAAAGAUUGGGAGCCAAUUUAUCACCCAAUGCAUUUGCACGGACAUCGAAUGGUCGUUACCGAAAUGAAUUCACCGAAAUUUCCGAGAAAUGGAACAAUUAAGGAAUAUCCUGCGUACAAGGACACAAUUGCCGUGCCGAGUCAAGGUCAGGUAACGGUGAGAUUUCGCGCAAACAAUCCCGGCUUUUGGAUGCUUCACUGUCACUUUGAGUGGCAUUUGAACAUUGGCAUGAACGUAAUUGUGCAAGUGGGUGAGUUGGCGCAAAUGACACAAAUUCCAGCGGAUUUUCCGACGUGUGGAAAUUACAUCCCUGAAAUUGUUUGAUAGUUUUUUAUUCGGAUCAACACAAAUGUGUAAUCAUCAAAUAGCAAUUGUACCGAGUGUUCAACUUGAUUU